AUGUCGUCCUUCUUCGGCUCCAUCGUGAAGUCCAUCAUUCUGCCGAAGCCCAGCCCGAGCUACGACACAAGCGACCACCUCGGCAAGCUGCUGCACGUCCCGCGGGUUGACUGGCGAACGCGGAAGGAGAAUGGCAGCUUCACCUACGGGCUGCUGCUGCUUGACCCGACCGCGAAGUACAUCGUCAUUUACGCCCACACGAACGCCGUCGACAUGGCGAUGAUGGUUGACGAGCUCUCGUACUUUAGUAAGCGGGCCUCCGCCUCGGUGCUGCUCUUCGAGUACACCGGGUACGGCAUCUCGCACGGCGACACGACGGAAACCUCGAUGAAGGAGGACAUGCUUUCCGCGUACUGCUACGUCGUCCGCCAACUGCGCGUUCCGCCCAGCCGAAUUGUUCUCAUGGGUCGCUCCAUUGGGACCGGCCCUGCCGCACAGUUGUGCGCUGCGCUGCGGGCGGAGGGCGAGGCCCCCGCGUUGCUCGUGCUGCAGUCCCCGUUCACCUCACUGAAGGAGUGCGCCAACGAGGUUACGCGGAACGUCGGUUCCAUUGUGAGUUUUCUGGGCUACGACUGGUUUCGCACCAUCGACGUCAUUGGGCAGGUUCCUUGCCCAGUGCUUAUUCAGCAUGGGGCCCUUGACGACGUGGUGCCGUUCGAACACGCCGAACGGCUGAAGCGCGCCAUUGAGGAUGCCGCGACCCCCGGAUUAGUUGAACUGUACAUGGAAAAAGAGUGCAAGCACAAUGACCUUCCCAUAGCGAGCGUGGCGCGCAUUGUUGACAGGAAGCUGCGAGGGUUUGGCCAGGAGCGUUGUCUCCAGAUCCGAUGUCGGGCUUACCUGACGGUCAACCCACCCAUCUACGAGUAUCUCUUCUGCCACGACGGGAAGCGCAUUGCGACGCUAGACGCGUUGCUGCAGCACUGGAACGAGACGCUAGCAAUCGGCACCUUCGCGUACAGAAGAGAAAAGCUGUACAUUCUGCUUGUCGCCAGCGUGGCACUCUUUGCGAUGCGUUGUGCGCAGGUGUGGCAGUGCUACACGGGGAGCUGGAAGCGGCAGCACAGCGGGGAGGGGAGCGGCGACGGCUCCCACUGCAGCAAGGAGGACAUCAUCAACCGCUACCUGGGCUGCUGCGGAAGUCCACUUGGCGUCUUCCUCGGGGUGGCGGGAACCCCGCCGCGCCACAAGUUUUUUGGCGUCAGCGUGGCGGCGGGGGCGGCGCCUGGCGGGGAUGGCCACUGCGCCGCCGCGUGCCUGGUCUACGAGGAGCGGGCCACGUACUUGAGCGUGGCGGAGCUGGAGUUUACGCCUGGCCUGAUGAAGAGCGUCGUCGCCGCGGUCUCCACGGCCCCCACCCUCACAGACGCGGAGGGGGCAGGGACGCAGGUUUUUCUCCAGCAGUCCGUCGUGACGCGAAUACAGACCGAGUGCGAACGCCUGGUGGCCUUCCUCGACGACGAGGAGUGGAACAAUCUGCUUUUUCUGCUGCUCAACUUUGACGGGACGGCGGCCACGUACCUCAGCAGCAAAGCCCUGCACUUCUACAACGAAUUCGCCUCCCUGGCGGGCGGCGCGGGCAGGGAGCAGCAGAAGAAGGAGUCCAUCGCGGACGUCGAGGAGUGGCUGCAGCCAUGGAUUACAACCCCGAACGCAGAGACCUGCCUCGGCGGGGAGGUGCCAUGGGACUACUACCUCUUUAAGUCACGCGUGUGUGUGCAGGAGGACUACCAACUACGGCCGGACAUGUGCUGGACGGAGACAAAGCGCAUCGUGGAUGCCUGGUUGGUGGUGGCGGAGAUCCACCGGUUAUUUGCGACGUACUCGCGUCGCCGCCUUCGUCCUGCGUUUACCACCAGCUGA